AUUUUAACACCUAAAACCAAUAAAGUUUAAUUGUUUUGGGGAGAGGGGAUGGGAAGUAAAGGUAUAAUGAAAGAAAGACAAUUCAAGGAAGUGGUUGCGUCAUGUAGAAUAAUAACUUAACUCGAGGUGGGGUGGAUUAUUUUUACAUCAUCUCAACUCAACGCAUCUUCUUUGGUUGGUUGAACCAUGAAUCCCACAUGAUUAAACAACCACACACCCUUUGUUGCCUACCCAUAUAUCUCUCUCCUCUAAUAAUCUCUCUAUUUCUAUAUUCUAUACCAACAAAACAAAACAAUGUGGCACUACCAUACCAUAAGCUGCUACUAUAAUAUACUAUAUUACUUCUGGAAGGAUAUUAGCUAGUUUGCUUGGUAUACCAAUGAUCAUCUUGUUUUGAGUUCUGAAAGGAAUGAAUGUUCAAAAUGAGGGGAAAGGCGGUUCCCGGGAGGAUCAUUUUGACAUUAUGCAUUGCGAGUUUUCUUAUGGGCACACUUUUCAGCAGACACACAUGGCCCUACACGACCAUACUUAACGACAUUAAUUUCAAGAAUCAUGAACAUAAGAUGAAUUUAUUGACACCUAAAGACUGUGAUCGAAAGAGUAAAUUGGUUCAAGAUAAUUCAGGAGAUAUCAUGGGAGAAGUUGCCAAGACUCAUCAAGCCAUCCAAUCAUUGGACAAAACAAUAUUCACAUUAGAGAUGGAACUAGAAGCUGCACGUGCAAGUCUACCCAUGCCUAAAUUAAUGUCAGAAAGAAUGAAUCCAUCUAACAAGACAUCCCUACAAAAAGCAUUUGUUGUCAUUGGUAUUAAUACAGCUUUUAGCAGCAAGAAACGUCGAGACUCCCUUCGAGAAACGUGGAUGCCUACUGGAGCAAAACUAAAUAAAUUGGAAAAAGAAAAGGGGAUCAUAAUAAGAUUUGUGAUAGGGCAUAGUGCAACACCCAGAGGUGUUCUUGAUCGAGCCAUUGACAUGGAGGAGGAAAAAUAUCAUGAUUUUUUGAGGUUGAAUCAUGUGGAGGGGUACCAUGAGCUCUCCACAAAGACAAGAUUGUAUUUUUCGACAGCCGUCUCCAUUUGGGAUGCAGAAUUUUAUGUGAAGGUGGAUGAUGAUGUACAUGUCAAUUUAGGUAUGCUGGUGACUGCACUGGCACGCUACAGAUCUAAACCAAGAACAUAUCUUGGAUGCAUGAAAUCGGGACCCGUGCUCUUUCAAAAAGGGGUAAGAUACCACGAACCGGAAUAUUGGAAAUUCGGUGAAGAAGGGAACAAGUACUUCAGACAUGCAACUGGACAAAUAUAUGCCAUCUCCAAGGAUUUAGCAGCAUAUAUCUCCAUCAACUCGGGUAUUUUGCAUAAGUACGCCAAUGAGGAUGUCUCUUUAGGCUCAUGGUUGAUUGGCUUGGAUGUUCAACACAUAGAUGAUCGUUCCAUGUGUUGUGGAACUCCUCCAGAUUGCGAAUGGAAGAAACAAGUAGGCAAUGUUUGUGCAGCUACAUUUGAUUGGUCAUGCAGUGGGAUAUGCAAGUCAGUUGAGAGGAUAAAAUUCAUUCAUAACUCUUGUGGAGAAGGAGAUAAUGUUGUUUGGAAUGUUGAGCUUUAAAGGGUAACUAAUGUCAACAAUGACAAAUAAUAAGCAAUUACUUGGAGAAGAUGCAGGAAAUUGGAUCAAUACAUAAGCUCUUUUUCAAUCUAUCUCUUGGAUGUUUUCACCAGUUUCUUGAUUUUUAUUUUACCAUGAUAUUUUUAUGACUUGUGAUUAAUAGAAGAUAGGUAGUAUUUGAUAUGAUGAAAUUGAGAACAUAGCGGAAUUGUUAAUACCUAUGGAAUGAAAAGAAAUAUUUGUUUGAUAGAAUGGAAUAGAACAAUCUUGAAAAUAUG